AUGGGUCAACAGCAAGCCAAAGACAUGGCGGCCGCCGAAGCAGGCGUUGAAUUCUUUGGACCAACCGAUACAUUCAGACACAACGGCUUUUUCACAGGAGGGGCUGGCAGAUUCUACACCCCCCCCAUUGUAUCCGUCUCAGUGGAGCAGGUUCACAAGAGCCCCCUGGCCCCCAUUCGACCGGCUCCAAGGGAAGCCUCGGUUGGAUCCAAUGAUAUGCAGGUAGAUGAUAACCACAACGAUCAUCUAGACAAUAGGCUGAGCCAAGUUUCUCAACAUCAAAAAUCCUUGAAUUUGUCAUCUCCCGCAUCAUGGUCCAGAAGCCCCAGGGGCACAUGUUUAUUUGCCAGUGAAAGCAAUCGCCAGUACACGGACCCCGGAACACACACUAGUUUACAAUACUGGGAAACCGAGACAGAUAUCAAUUAUUCUAAAUCUCCAUCUUCAACCACUGAAUUGACAGCGACUUCAUUUGAGAGUGUCCAAGAGUCUUGUUUGAUGCGAUACUUUAUUGAAGAGUUGUCUCCAUGGUUUGAUCAUUGCGAUGAGCAAAGGCAAUUUCAACUUAUUGUUCCCCAGCGCGCACGGCAUUGUCCAACUCUUAGAAAUGCCAUUUUCGCCGUUUCCUCGCGGCGUCUCUGCCGCCUACCCAAAUAUUCGACAUCCAAAGGAAUACUAUAUCAUGGACAGCUGCUACCUCGAUUGAAGAAGUCAAGCGCACUAGAGUACAUGCUCAAAUGCAUCCCGGACCUUGUUCAAUUCCCUGAAAUUCGAGAUCCAGUACAACAAGAGAAUAUCAUGGCCGCCACUGUUAUUUUACGACAAUAUGAGGAGAUGGAUGAGGAGAUGGAUGAAAAUGAGAUUGAUACAGAUUAUUAUGAUGACAGGCGUGUAAGCUUCUUGGCUAUCACGCAAACCAUCAUUGAUUCGAUGAUCGAGUCCCCUUUGGAGAAUUCUUUGGCGUCCGCUGCAUACUGGAUUGUCAUACGACAAGAGAUCUAUUAUGCAUUUUCGAGAGAGAGUAUACCACACAUGAGAUUCGAUGCAAACCGUUGGAGAAACACUUCUAUAGCGAACAGCAUUAUCAUGUUCGCUGGCGAGGUUGCCACCUGGUGCUGGGGACAAAAGAACCCCGGGGAGUGGACACAACUCAAACUUAGAGAGCAACAGCUCGCUCAUGACUGCAUGGGUGAGAUUGAGCCGAUUCUUGAACUUGGCGCUGAUCGUGCAAAGGGAAGAAUAUUUCCGACCGUGUGGUACAGUUUUGAUGUUCAAGUGACUGCCAUUCAGCAUUUUCGAUUAGCACAGAUGAUUUUGAUCGCGGAGAGCCCAUAUCUGGAAAAAGCAACCCGUGCGACACAUCGGAAAGCCGAGGCCCAAGUACGGUCAAUUGUUUUGAACCUUUGCGGCAUUGCCUUAGGCCAUCUUCGAAUCCAGCCUGCAUUGGUCAAUGCUGUCAUUGCAGUUACUCUUUAUGGGGAAUACUUUACUGACCAAGAGGAGCGCAAUGCCUUACUUGGAAUCAUAAAUCGCACAAAAGAGCUGCAUGCAUGGCCGAUGAGAAAGCCAUACCAAACACUCAAACGGCGAUGGGAAGAGGUGGAUAACGCCGAGCUAUGA